GGGAAGCUUUCCGUGUAUCCACUAUUUUCGGAAUUAAAAUUAAAGUUGACUCAAUUAACGUGAUUGCCUAGAUUUAUUAUGUUGUUUGUUGGCCUUUGGACUUCCCGACCCUAAUAUUCUAUGGGAUUGUGUGUUCAGUGAUCCGAGAUUGAGAGGAAUCUUAUGUGCGUUGUUUGUCCGUCAUAUACUUAUAACACGGAAUUCCUAAAUAGACUUCUAUGUCGGGGGAUAGAAUAAAAAUAACAUCGGUUUGCGUCGAAGGGUCAGUGAGCGGCGGAGCCUGAUCAUGGCUACGUUCAUCACGAUGGCGGCUAAGAUAUGCUUUGCAACGUUGUUUAUUCUCGGUUUCCAUUCAGUUCUGGGACUACCACCACAGGAUGAGCACCUGCCCCCCCGUCCGAAAGACGGCGGCGUCGAGACCAGGUACUGCGCGUACUACAACGGCUCUCCACCAAUAUGCGAUCCCACCGACCCCACCUGCGACCCCAUCCAGAAAGAGGACUGCCAACCAGUGGACAAAGACAAGAGCAACCACUGCGUCCAGUUAUGGCACUAUAAUACAACAACAAACACCUCCACACUACAGUUUAAAGGCUGCUUCCUCGAUACAGUCUCUUGCAGCGACAAACCCACACCAUGCCGUAUACACAGCGCAAAACUGUUGCUACUACACUGUUGCUGCGAAGGCGACAUGUGCAACACUAAUGACACAUUCCCCGGUCUACCGCCUCCAGAUUCAACCGACGCGCCUCACGAGGAAAUACCAAUGGAACGGAUACCUGGAUCCGAUGAUGAUACGAAAGCCAUCAUCGCGUAUACUUUAACACCGUUGUUCAUACUUUUCAUUGCUCUCGUCGGCUGCUAUCUCUUGUAUAGGCGGCGCAAAGGCAGCACGUUCGCUGAGCUCGCGAAUGGCGAAGGAUCUCUAUCUAGGCCUCCGUCUAUGGGGGUGGGAAUGGACAAUGAGCCUGUGGACUUGGUUGGCCUAGUGACGUUAUGUGAAGUGAGGGCUAGAGGGCGCUUUGGGGCCGUUUGGCGUGCUCAGCUCGGUCAGAAAGACGUGGCCGUCAAGGUGUUCCCGCUGCAGGACAAGCAGUCGUGGCUGGCCGAGCAGGAGAUCUACAGGCUCCCGAGGAUGGAACAUCCGGAACUCCUGCAUUACAUUGGCGUGGAUAAGAAAGGAGACAAUCUGCAAGCUGAGUAUUGGCUGAUCACUGCAUAUCAUGAGAAGGGCUCUCUCUGCGACUACCUAAAAGCGCACACGCUAAGCUGGGCGGACGCGUGGCGCAUCGCCGCGUGCGUGGCGCGCGGCCUCGCCCACCUCCACGAGGAGGGCGGCGGGAAGCCUGCCGUCGCACACCGCGACUUCAAGUCCAAGAACGUCCUUCUAAAAUCCGACUUGUCCGCCUGCAUUGCCGACUUUGGCCUAGCUUUAGUGUUUGUGGCCGGGCAUGGGUGUGGCGAUGCGCAUGGACAAGUGGGGACGAGACGAUACAUGGCCCCUGAAGUGUUGGAUGGAGCGAUUAACUUCACUAAAGACGCGUUCCUGAGGAUAGAUAUGUACGCGUGCGCGCUUGUGCUGUGGGAGAUCGCUUCGAGAUGUGACGAAGGCGGAGUGGAGCCCACUGCGCAAUACAGACUGCCUCUGGAGGAGGAGGUCGGUCCUCACCCUGGGCUUGAGGAGAUGCAGGAGGCGGUGGUCCAGCGGAAACUGCGGCCAGCUAUACCGCCGCGGUGGAGAGAACAUCCCGGCCUAAACGUCCUCUGCGACACCAUGGAGGAGUGCUGGGACCACGACGCCGAGGCGCGGCUGUCGGCCUCGUGCGUGCUCGAGCGCGUCGGCGCGCAGCGCCAGGCCGCCUCCGACACCCCCCUGCUCAUCCACGACCUCGCCUGCUGACACACGCCCCUCAUACACUUCUAGAUCUGUGAGUGACCGGUGGACCUUGUCUUUGUUAUAAGGUGCACUAAUUGGAGAGAGUCCAGCUCACCACCACGGUGCGAGGCCGAAGGCAUGGUUGCAGGAGGUUAGAGUUCGGAUACGACAAUGGUUAGUUGCCCCGAAGGCCAUUGGCCAUUGUUCCAAUUCCAAGCUCUGCUCUCUCAUAGCUUGACCUUCGGCCUCGCAUGGAAGCGCGCCACUAUCUGAAGCUCCGGGGCUUAGGCCCCGUGCGUAGAUAUACCUUCAACAUCACUUUCUAAGGCAUUUUGCUAUGAGGCUGGUGUACUAACAUUCUUAACUGUUGGUGGGCCUUAUAUUUUAGUAUAGUUUAGUUCAGGUAUUAUGGACGAUGGUACGUACAGCAACGCUCUUGUGAGCCUUAUGACUUUGAAAUGAGGUUCACGAAUUGUCAGUGUAGACUAGUGAGUGAAGCUUAAAGACUUUCCGAAGACAGUUACGCCUUGUAAAGAGAUAAAGAUGUGUUUUAGGCAAAAAGCUUCGUAUUUUCAACUAUUAAAUGUGAUUUUUGCCUGAUAAUCUUAUAUAGAAUUGUGAAGUGGUAUUAUGAAACGAUUUUUUCCUAAAGUUUUGACUGUUUGUGAAGUGGUAGCGCGUGAAUUGCGGUAGAAGUGUUGGUCCCCUUAUAGGUUAUGAACCUAUAUCUAAGAGAUUUACUGUUUAAAAAUAGAUAUCAAAAAUAUGUGUACGUUGUUAAAGAAAAUAUAUACAUAUUUCUGUCGUCAACUGUAAGAGUUAUCGUAAAAUAUGGGUUCAUCCAAUAUCUCAACAUUUGAAGUAAUGUUACACUUUUGUAAGUUACAGAUGAUACUGAAAACCGAAUGCAACCAUAUUUUUACAUGUUUUACUCAAGAUAGUAUGCGAAAUAAAUGACGAUUAUUUCAUGGCCUAUUUGACUAAGAAAUAUAAGAAUCACAUAAUAGUGUUGUGCUCCGACUAAAAUAUAUUACUUUCUAGAUAAAAUAAAUAUGAAAUAGCAGAAUGAUAACAAUUAAUUUAAUCAGUAAUAUGAUUCUCAGUUGCUGUCUUGCAAGUGUCAUAUUACAGUUUGUUUGUUAUGCUUUAUUUGUAUAUUUACAUUCUGUUAUUUCUAAUCAUGUGUUUAUAAAAUCGAGUUAAAGUUGUGUUUGACAAUCAUUCAACGUUUUCAAUUGAUUCACGAUUUACGUGACUUAUUUGUCUUGUAUUAUUAAGUGAUAUUUUUUUUCUAGUUAAAUCAAUACUAUACAACUGUUACAAGGAUAACUUCAGUGCAAUAAUUUCGUGCUAAACGUUGGGUAUUUUUUGUUUACUGAUCCUUACUGAAAUUAUUUUGUUAUUGUUUAUUGUAUAGAAAUAGUUUCAAAGGAUCGGAUUUCUUUAAAAAAAACUGUUAGCUUUGAUAUGUUAUCUUGAAAUGGAACAGUUACGUUUGAAAACGAUUUUUAAGUAACGGUAUUAAGGUACAAAAUCAGUUACUAAAAGGCGAACACAAAAUACAAAUUAUCAUUCAUGGAAUGUAUAUUGUCAUUAUGUAAUGACUGGAAUGUGACUAUUUUAAAAGAUAUAUCGUUGUGUAGAGAUAGUGUGUGGUUUAAUAAUUACUAUCACAUUAAUAUGAAUAAGAUUGACGAUGCAAUGAAUAUACUAUCGAGUUUUGUUACGUCAGCGGCAGAGACCAGAUGAAAAGAAAAACAUCAGUAAGUACAAAUAUAGCUAUUGCAUUAGUUUCAAGGGCUGGUUUGUUGAACCGGUCGUGUAAGAGCAGAGGAGGUAGCAUGGUCGCGUUUUAUCGCCUGCCACGUUCUAACAAGUAUGUAAGUGCUAAAUUGACGCAUGACACGACAGGCGACAAAAACUUGACCAUGCCACCGCCGCAUGAGGCUGUCAGUGAGAAAGGUAAUAUGACCAUCUCACUCUAACUGCAAGUUUAACCGCUGACUGUAUUAAGUUUGUAUUUUAGGGAUCAAAUAUCACCAGAUGGACGUACUUUGAUACUAGCAAUCAAAUGUUUGUCGUGAUACUUUUGUUGAUAUAGUUUGCAUCAUCUCAAAUGACUUUUUCGUCUAAGAUGGUAAUCUGUUAAACAAAAGCCAUUGUCUCUUUUUUGCGAGCUGUUGGCCUUUGUGUGCCAUUGUGUGUUGACGCAUGCCACGGCGCUUGCGGCUCUCACACGCAAUUUCACACAAAGGCCGACCGCUCGCACAAGAGACAAUGGCUUUUGUUUAACAGAUUACCGUCUUAGACGGAAAAGUCAUUUGAGAAGAUGAAGACUUUGUGGCUUUAUAUGGUAACAAUACGAUAAGCCAGGGGUUCCCAAACUAUCACGAUGCCCUAGUAUGCCCACUGCCGGUUCUUGAUUCUAGAGCUACACACAACUGCCUUCUUCAGAGCGUCGCAAUAAAAUAUGUAAAACAAAAAAACGCGCAAAAAAAUUGGGAACCAUAGCGAUAAGUUACGUCAAAGUAAUGCCAUCUAGUGAUCAUUACGUGUAAUCGUAAGGAAUUGAGGUACGGCACACCAAAAUCGCAAUAUCAAAAAAAGAUUAUUAAUUAAUUAUAUUAAUAUUUGGACAUGCACACCUUGGUUACCUCUAGUUUGUAGCUUAGUUUGUGUUUUCUACCUUAAUACGAAUAAAAUAAAGUCUAUAUUUAAAAGGUAUGACUAUCUGGCAACACUAUCGGGCGUUGUUUUUUUUUAAUAUCGACUUUAUUCAGUGUGUGUAAGGUAGAAAAUCUAAUGUAUAAAAUGUAAAACCACCAAUCACAAACUAGAAGUAAUUUACCUGUAAAUACGAAGUACCCCUAUAUACUUAGACUAGUUAGACGUUCUAUAUUGAGAUACCUUUCACUACUAAGGAUAAGGUAGAAACCUAAUCAAAAUUCUGACAAAUUUGGCAGAUUUCUGUCAAAUUAAAAAUUGUCGUCUGUCCUCUAAUUGUCUAAUUCCGCCUUUAGGUAAUUAAUAAACUACGAUGUAAUACAUCCCUAUGAUAACUUUAGCUUGGUCACCACCGUUUGCUUUACACUCUUUACCUGCCGCUCAAGUUUGCAUUUAAAUAAACCUAUUUAAUUAAGUGUAUAAACACAUACGAAAGAAAUAGUGACCAAAGCCUGUGCCCAAGGCUGGGUCGGGCCACCGUCCUCUGCAUUCGCACCACACGACAAAACAAGUAGGCUACCCGGAUCACGGCGGUACCGGUAGAAAUUUGUCGAGUAAACAAUAGUGGCGUUCCAUCAGAGAAGGUUCCUUAUGCUUUAUGUGUAAUAAGGACCAUUCUAUCAAAAAUUCUGUUGGAAUUUCAGAUAAAAUGGUCCUUAUUGUACUUGAAGUUAAGGGUCCUACUGCGAUGAAAGCCACAAUAGAUUGUGGUGGCCAAGUAUACCUUCGUGAGGCCCAUGUACAUUAGAAUGUACAUAUCAAGUUCAAGCGUUUUUUACAAGAAAUAAAAUAUCAUCUCCAUUGUUCCAUUCAAUAUAAGAAUUUAAUUAUUAU